ACCUCAACACCGGCGCUCAUAUUGACUUUAGUCACAUGGCUACUAAACUAAAGUUCAAACUAGCUGAUAAAUUUCAGCCUUGCUUUAACUCUCAAUAUCCAAUCUUCGUGAGUGAAUUGCAUUGCAUAAUUAUUGAAAUACGCAGCACACUAAGUCAGGUAAAAUUUAUUGUGGAAGAGAUGUUGACGACUCUCUGUGUGUAAAUGUACUCGAUGAAGAUUCGUUCACUUUGGUCGACAGAAUUCGGGUAAAGUGUUUGACGUUUUUGCCUUGAUUUCAGGAUGAUGAGGUUAUCACAUCUUUCGUUGUCGAUGAAGCCGGAUCGGAGAUAUUUAUUGCUACUAAGAACUUGCUUUUAAAACGUCUUGAUAGCCUUUCUCUAAGGCCUACAAAAGUAUGGAUGUCUUGUCACCAAAGAAUCGUGCAGAAAAUGGCGCUUAACAAAACUUCAACACGAUUAGCUACCGGUUCAGGAGAUAUGGUUGUUAGAUUAUGGCAUAUUGGUCCAAAGGAAGGCUUCUCAAAAAGCUGUCGACUGCACCAGGGAAUGAUAACACUAUUGAAAUUCCAUCCGACAUUACCGUACCUUUUCUCAUCGUCAGUGGGUGAUCACUUUGUAGCUGUAUGGGACACUGAGACAGGAAAACAUGUCUCUUCUCUUGAAGGCCAUCAAAGCAUUGUUACAAGUUUGGACUUCAAUGCUGGAAAGAAUGAAUUGGUUACAUGUGGGCGCGAUAAAGUUCUUAUUGUCUGGUCGUUCGUAGACUUCACAAAACAAAAAGUCAUACCUACCUUUGAGAGUUUAGAAGCGUGCACUUUCCUUCCUGUUGGCGCAUUAACAAAUCACUUGGGUCACACGUUUUCUGAAAGCAAUACAUCUUUAUUGUUGACUGGCGGUCAGUGGGGCUGUUUGCGUUGCUGGGAUGUAGAUACUGGGCGUUGUGUGUUAGAGAUCAAGGGUCCCUUAGAUCGGACUCCUCAGUCUGAUUCUGGUAGUUCCGCUGCGUUAGAUCGCCACUCAAUUGACUAUGGACUUCAUUCCAUCAGUCAUUUGAAUGUAUACAAUAUAAAAGACAGUAAUGAUAAUGUGUUGGAUGAAAGUGAAAACUCAUCCUUACGAUUAAUUCUUGUGCGUCAAAGUAAUCAUGUUGAAUUUUAUAACCCAAUGGUCGGCAAAUUAACGGCUGAGUUCUUAGGUGACAUUGGACAAGUUGAUCAAUUAUGCAUUGUAGGCAAAAAUCACAAUUAUCUUAUUCUAGCUGAUGCGUCACCUCACAUGAAAAUUUUCCUCAAUCCAUAUGAACUCAGUUUAAAGGGAAAAAAUACAACUGAAGAUAAUCUUAAUAGUAAAACAAAUGGUUCAUGGAAAUGCCAUCUUAUUCCCGGUGGUCAUACUGAUGUGAUUAUGGAUUUGACUGUAUCCAUAUGUGGUCAAUGGAUUGCAAGUGGUUCUAAAGACCAAUCUAUUUGUUUAUGGCAUUUAAUAGAAUCAGAAGAUUCAACAUCGUCAUCACUACAUAAAUCUAAGAAUGUUCCUGUCAAAUUGGAUCUUAUUACUCAAAUUCAUAAGGCACAUGCUGCUCAUAUCAGUUCUGUUUGCUUUGAUAGAUUGACAACACAUCUUAUAUCUAGUUCAGAAGACGGUAUUUUAAAAGUUUGGAAUGUUCAGUGUAAUAACUUAGAUAAACCAGAUGCUGUGUUAUCAGAAUUAAACACAAUUCAUGGAGCCCAUGGCGGAGUAAUCAAUUCAAUUGAUGUUUCCGUUGAUAAUCGUCUUGUUGCUACCGCGUCACGUGAUAAAACUGUCAAGAUAUGGGAAUUUAAAAAACAAAGUUUACAUUGUCAAGGAGUUCUUCAGGGUCACCGUAGAGGUGUUUGGUCUGUUUGCUUUUCAAGAUUUGAGAAAAUUGUACUUACUGCUUCGGGUGAUGGAGAUGUGAGAUUGUGGAAUUUGAAAGAUUUCUCAUGUAUCCGUACAUUGGAAGGCCAUGAUCAACCAGUGUAUAAGGCAGUUUUUCUUUCUCACGAUAAACAAAUAUUAUCAUGCGAUCAGAAAGGAUUAAUAAGAUUAUGGAAUAUAUCUAAACCACCUAAGAAUAAUGAAGAAAAAUCAGAAAAUGUUGAUAAACCAUCCUCUGAAGAAACUUCGUCUUUAGUUUAUGAAGCACAUGAUGGAAGAAUAUGGUCAUUAGCUAUUUGCCCAGAUGAAUCUGGUUUUUUCACUGGUGGUGAAGAUGAAACAUUGUGUUAUUUUGAAGAUAUUACAGAAAUACUGCUGAAUGAAACAUCACAACAGCAAGAGGAAUAUAUUCAAACGCAACAAGAAUUGAAUAAUCUUGUACAUAAACAAAUGUAUGCCGAUGCUGUUCAUUUGGCUGUCAAAUUAGACCAACCCAAGCGAACAUUAGACAUACUACAGGAACUUUUGACUCAAGAUCAAUUCAAACAGACUUGCAAAGAUAAUCAAAGUAUCAAAUAUCCAACACAAGCUGUGAACUUAUUGUCAGUACUUGAUGAUUUUGCAAAUAAAAGUCACAGUGAAAAUCUUAAUGAUUCACUUAAUCUAAGUCAACGACUUUUAUCUUAUGCUAUCAACUGGAAUACAAGGACUAGAACAUCAAUGAUAAGUCAGUUUGUAUUGAAUUGGAUUCUAACCCGUUGGAAACCAGAAGAAUUACUUGAAUGGCCAAAUUUUAGUCAAGCUAUACAAUAUCUCCUUCCGUAUACAACUCGUCAUUAUCAACGUAUAUGUAGAUUGGAAGAACAACUGGCAAUUUUAAACUAUAUUUCUGAAGUGACUGAUGAACAUUUAAUUUCUACUAACACUUUUGAUGAACCGAUGGAGUUAGACAAUGAUCAAAAUAAUGUAUCAUUUAAUUCAACUCAAAAUGUCAAUACUUCACUUUCUUAGACAAGGUGAUUAAAUUCUCUUCUUAUUCAUUAUGUAUACUAUGAUAUUAUACAACUUCAUCUAUUGGCCUUUUUAUACGGUUAUUUCCAGUUUACUAAUAGUAUCAUGCUAUAAAUACAACAUACAGUUGUUUUGUAUCUGUGAAGGAUUUAUUCUCAAAUACCAGACCGGUUUUCUAUGAGGUUGCAGAUUUACUGACCAUAUCUCUACUCUCCAUUGAAUUUUAGAGUAAGAAAAUUACUUAUAUUUUCCCAGAGAGAUUGUGGAUGUGCAUUCUUGAGAAGCUACAUACUAACCCAAUACACCUGUCCAGUCCUUUAUGGUUUUCAGCGGUUGUCUUAUUAAGAUCAUUCGUUGAUAUGAAUUAUAAGAUAUGUUGUACUAGUAUAAUCCUACUUUAUAGAUAUAUUGAUUAUUGAAAUCCUAUUAUACUCAAUAUAAUUUAAGGUCCGUGUUAGUGUCACUAGUUUGUAAACAAGUGAUAUACCAACUAAUAAGUCUGCAAAUUUUAAGGACUUGUAUUUCGUACGUAUUCAGUAACUGAAACGUUCGAAUAUGUCUACCAUCAUCUGUGCAUAGCUGUGUUGGUCAACGAUUAAGAUCGUGGAUUACUGUUUCAGGUAGGUUGUAUAUCGUAUAAAGUGAUCAAUUUGCGAAGCUUAACCAUUUUUUAAUCGGUGUGAGUAUUCAGAUUUCGAAUUAUAGUAACAUUGAGCUAAUGAUAAUUGUACUCGUUUGGGUUGUGUUAAUGAAUAUUUCUUUUUUAGUAAUUCGUUUAGUUCAAAAAUUAUUAUUAUCAUUCAUGAAUUGAUUACUGAGUGACAACUCCUAGUCAUUUGUAUGAAUCUAUCGGUCAAAGAAUGUAUUGCGUGUAUUUCAUAGUUCACUUUUUUUGGUUUGUGUUGUACACCUAUUCUCUUAAAGGGGUAUCAAGGAAAGUAUAAGACAAAUGCUUAACUAUCAAAGGUAUGAUAGAAAUAUACUUAUAUACGUGACUUUUAUCUAUCCAUCCGUUCUAUAUCUACUUUUUCUUACUUUGGAUGACUUCUAUCUGAUUGAUCUUAAUAAAGUAGUCUACACGUACCAACUGAGCUCAUUUUAAAGAAUCGUAAGCUUCUUGGACUAAAGUUUUCUUGUUUGGUCAUCUUUAACUUUUUCCAGCCCAAUUCAUAGUAAGCUAUGUUUAGACAAGUAAUAUACCUCGGUCACCCACAUGCUGAACGUAUAAUUUAUGGAAAACAUUUAAACGAUGUUAAAGUGACCUUGAGAAUGUCCAUCUACGUAGUAGGACCAAAUGAUUGUUAUAAGCCAUGGUGAGGAACUAGGAUUAGAGUUUACUGUUGAUGGUUAGAGUUAAGAAUUGGAUUUCGGCUUUUCAUCACUAACUGUCAUCAGCUAUAAAUGUCAAAAUGAUAUUUUGUUGAAAUUAUGGAUAAAUUUCGUGCCAAAAUCCAAGACUCGUUAUGUUAUAUCUAAUUGGUUCGUCAAUCAAUUAUAGUCUUGCCAAGUUAUGAUUAAAUACUUGAAAUGUACGCAUAUAUAUUUAUAUAACUCUAUCUUCUAAUAUGUUACUCGUAUUGAUAUUGCUUUUAAAAUUUCUUCAUUCAGAUCAACGAUAAAUGAUGUAGACGUUUAAUCAACACAAGCAAAUCAUUGUACAUAAACAAAAUCUUUAUGAGAGUGUACAAUCUCUUUAUCUCUCUUUUUCUGUACUUGAAACAGUUUCCACAUUGUUUAUAUGUAUAUUCAUUAUUCAGUCACAUGAUAAAUCUGUAGUAAAAUCCAAUAGAAAAAAUGAACUGUAUACAUAUUUUAUGAAGU